CGGCAAGACCAAGACUCAAGGCACCAACACCCCCCAACCACCACCACCACCCGCCCGAUGGCAGCGCGCCUUCGCAUCCCAUGGGUGCCUGUCAUUGAGGGGGCAUCCAACCAAGACGGCAUGGCGCUCAUCGAUGCGUUCAAGAGCCACAAGUACGUGAAGAGUGAACUCAUGGACUGCACAGUCUGCUUCUCGCGUUACCAGCGAGUCAAGUGCACGUCGACAACGUGCUCGGAGAGCAUCCCCUUCCUGGCAUGCCACUGGCAGGCGAAGAUUCUCACCUGUACGCAGUCUGAGCGCAUCUCGAUCUUUGAAGAUGGAGUCCACCUGGUGGCGCAGGCGUCACCGCGGCGAAGGCAUUUAACGGAAGCCCAGAAAAGCUUCUGCCGAAACCUCGCCGAACAUGUAUUGAAACCUGUACGCAUCCGCACCGUUGGCAAUGCUAUCAUACUCCUACCGGCUACGCGUCUACCAACAACCCGGUUGAGCAGUUUAAUAAACUGCUCAAACGAGACUACACCCGACGUGCGCGUUUGAAAAUGGGGGCUCUCCUGAAGCAACUUGCGCUCUGCAUCCACACAGAGUC